AUGAAUCCAAGAUGGUGUUUACCUUUGAUAUUGGCGUUGCUGUUUGCGAUAUGCAGUCUAGCAGAUUGUUAUGACCCUCUGGAUCCAAAUGGGAAUGUUACAGUAACGUUUGACAUACUUCAGUGGACACCUGAUGGCUAUGUGGCAAGGGUAAGUAUCCAAAAUUACUAUCAGUAUCGUCAAGUAGACAACCCCGGGUGGAAGUUGGGAUUCACAUGGACAAACAACGAGAUAAUCUGGUCAAUAUCUGGUGCAGUUGCAACACACAGAGGAAAUUGCUCUACUUUCAAAGAUCAGAUACCACAUAGCUGUAUGCCAUCUCCCGAGAUAGUUGAUCUGAUGCCAGACUUACGCCCUCCUAACUCACCAGAGAACUGCUGUCGUGGUGGUCUUCUUGCUGCUUCAGCUAUUAACCCUCCAGAAUCAUCUUCCUCAUUCGAUAUUGUUGUUGGUAACAUACAAGGAAAUGUUUCUUUACAGAUUCCUGUAAAUCUUACUUUGCUGGCGCCGGGCCCUGGUUAUACUUGUAGCCUUAUUGAAGAGACUAAACCAACUGCUUCGCUUGUUGAUGGAGGAAGAAGAAGAGAAGAAGUUCUCAAAACAUGGAAAUCAACAUGCACAUACUCUAGUUAUUUGGCUAACAAAACACCAGUAUGUUGUGUUUCACUGUCAACAUUUUACAGCCCAGAAAUCACCACAUGCCCUCAAUGCAGCUGCGGUUGCAGACCAGCAGACAAGAAAACGUUAUCGUGCAUUAGGUACGUUGGUACUAGUAGUUCGGAAUAUGUCACUAGUUUGGACACUUUGAGAUGCACGGAUCAUAUGUGCCCCAUUCGAAUCCAUUGGCAUAUUAAAACCAAUUACAAGGAUCAUUGGAGGGUGAAGCUGACUGUUACCAAUCUAAACUACAACCGAAACUACACUAACUGGAACAUCUUGGUUCACCAUCCCGGGUUCAGUCAACAUGCAACAACUUAUAGCUUCAACACUACUUUGCUUCAUACCGCUGGGAUCUUAGAUGAUCUAGCCCUCUUUUGGGGUUUAGACUACUACAACAACAAGCUUUUGAGUGCAGACAAGGAUCAAGUGGGCUCGGUCUCCACAGAGAUACUUCUAGCCAAGGAUCACAAAACAUUCACAUUACGCAACGGUUGGGCUUUGCCAAGAACCAUUUACUUUGCAGGUGAAAACUGUGUCAUGCCAUCUCCAGAUACUUACCCAAUGCUUCCGAAUGGUACUUAUAUGGAUAGACCUCUUGGUAGUCUAAUACUCUUCAUAAUCAUGCUUUGCAGCUUCAAACUUCUAAGCUUUUAA